GUAGCAUGUGUUAUGUGUUCACAUGAUGGUAAAAUAAGUAAAAAUGUCAGACAAAAAGUCGUGCGUAGAUUCCUAGAGCCCAAUUCGAGUUGGCGCUUUAGAAUUUUAGGAUACGGCCAAGUUGUUCCAGUGACAAAAUUCGGCCGCCUCGCUACCAUCUUCUAUGGUUUAUUCGGGAUUCCUAUGAUGCUCUUGUUCCUCGCCAAUCUGGGUAGUUUGAUGGCGGACGUAUUCCGAAUAGCCUACAAAAAAAUUUGCUGCCGUUUUGCACGUGACAGAAAGCAGGAAUCUGAAAAAGGCGACCCCCCUACCUGGGGUCACGGAGAGUUUGUUCAUAACCCUGGCUGGACCCUGCGAGUGAGAAAAGAAAGCCGGAGUGUGCGCAUACCCGUCUGGUUGAUUCUCUGCAGCUUCUUCCUCUACUUGUUCAUGGGGGCAAUGAUUUUUGCGUAUUGGGAAAACUGGACUUUCCUGGAUGCCAUGUACUUUGUCUUCGUGACCGUGUCUACCAUUGGAUUUGGCGACAUGUUGCCGGGGAUGGACGACGCCCAUCCUGUCCACAGGACAAAUAAGUUUAUCUCUGCCCUCGUCUACCUCCUGUUUGGACUAGCCAUGGUAGCCAUGUGUUUUGAUCUCAUACAGUUGGAAGUGAAGCGAAAGUCGAAGCGGCUGGCUCGUCGCAUCGGAUUAAUAAGUAGUAUGUGA